UCUCCGGCUCGCCGGCGUCGUCACUCCCUCGCCGCUCAGCUCCGUCGCUGGAGAAGAAGAAGAUCGCGUGAUGGACUCUUUCUUCCAGUCUACGACCUUGGUGGCAUCUGCGUCGUACCCGGAUUCCAUUGCUUGGUCGGAGGAGAACCUUGUCGCCAUUGCCUCUGGCCAUAUCAUCACUAUUUUGAGUCCUGCUUCAAUUGUGAGCCCUCGUGGUUUGAUCACGCUGCCGCCAAACAAGCCUUUUUCUGUUGGAGCAGUGAAAAAAGAAGAUCUAAAUGCUGCAUGUCUAAUGCCAAAUCUGCUGUCACGUGAGAACCGGCCAUGUUCUCGGUCCAUCUCAUGGUCCCCGCUCGGGCUUGCACCGAAUUCAGGAUGUCUGCUGGCUGUCUGCACUACUGAAGGUCGUGUGAAGAUUUACCGUGCACCUUUUUGUGAAUUUAAUUCUGAAUGGGUUGAGGUUGUUGAUGUUUCUGACAUGCUGCUUUAUUAUCUUGAUAGUAUCAAGUUUGGGGAGCUGUUGGUGCCAGAACAAGCAGAAAGUGGACUUGCCAUUGAGUGGCAAGAAACAAGCAUCAGUAAAGUUCCCAAACGCAUUAAAAGAAGUUAUGACUCUAAUGAAUCUUCACAGACACUGUUGCAGAGUAAAAAAUGCAAUUUACUUUCCCAGGUCACAGCAAAGCAAUAUAGCUCUCGCCAUGCGUUGUUGUCAUCCACCAUAGUUGCAUGGUCACCAGUGUUGCACUCAUCAGCAAAUUAUCAUUCCUCCAAUUCUUUCUGCAGCAGCUGUUCUAUACUUGCUACUGGGGGAAAGUCUGGUAACAUUUCAUUUUGGAGAAUCUGUGAACCACCAUGCUACACCAUUGAGCAUGGCAGGCUUUCUGCUGAUCCAGUGCUCAUUGGACUUCUCCAGGCUCAUAAUUCUUGGGUUACCGCAAUCAGCUGGGCAAUUUCUUCUGCAAGUUCUCUGGAGCCUCAAUUGAUCUUGUCUACUGGGAGUUAUGAUGGUAGUGUGAAGCUGUGGACAGCAGACAUUUCUGUAUUGAUCAAGUCUGCAGAGCCUAAUAAAGCUUGUUUUUCAUUGCUGAAAGAGGUGACAUCUUCGUCAUCAAUCUCAAUUUCCACAAUUUCAUUGGUUGUGCCAGCACAAUCUCCAGAUAUGGUAAUCUUAGCUGCUGGAAAAGGAUCGGGGUCAGUUGAAGUGUGUAUAUGUCAUAUAUCUAAUAAUGAAUUCCAAUCUAUUGGAAUCUAUGAUGCUCAUGAUCAAAAGGUGACAGGUCUAGCUUGGUCUUUUAAUGGUUGCUGUUUGUACAGUUGCAGCCAGGAUAAUUCUGUUCGUUGCUGGGCUUUACUCCAGAACUCUGUCCUCGAAGUCUUUUUCCCUUCAGCUACGCGCAAAAGCUCAACAAAGUAUUUACAAGUAUCAGAUCCAUGCUUUGGCAUUGCACUAUCCCCCGGAGGCUUGAUGAUUACUUUGGUUCAUAGUUUUGAUGCUAACCUUCUGAACCCAAUGUAUCAAGCAAGAACUCAAAAAGCGGCUGCCGAAUUUUUCUGGAUUGGUGGGCAGUCGCUGAUGAUUCCGUCAGAGAAACACCUGGACUAUAACCCUGAAACAAUUUCAGGAUCAUCCGAGAAUGACUUGAUGUUCUGGGAGUCCAACAUUUUAUGGUCUUUGGAGUGUUUCGAGAAUGUUGAUAAACCACUGUCCCUUUGGGAUAUCAUUGCAGCAUUGGUACAUUUCAGAAAAACUAUACCACUUUUUUUGGAAAAUCUACUUAUCAAGUGGAUCUCAAAGUGGUUUGGCUUGGAAUCAGUUGAUUCUAUUGAGAAGAUCUUGUCGCAUGCUGGAAAUAUGCUCUCGAAGAUUAGCUCACGGAAGCUGCAUCUUCUUAAUAUUAUAUGUAGAAGAUUGAUGUUGAUUGAGGCGAAGGCCAGUGUUCCAAAUGGAAUUCAGGAUAAGUCUAGUGGACUAGAUGACGAUGAAAAAAUAUUGUGGGAUAAUUUGUUGAAUAAGGUUGAAGGAGAAUUGCGGCAGAGGCUUGUGGCUUUUUCUUUCGGAGCAGUUCUAAGCCAUGCGGCAAGUUCAUCAUCGGUUACUUCUGAUGUUACAAAUUGGCUGCCAAAUGGAAUUGUGCAGAUGGAACAAUGGCUCAGUAUCAAUUUAGAUUUUGUUCAUCCUCGCCUUAAACUCCUCAGAGCAAAAAUCAAAGAAAUAAAGAACAGUGAUUGCAUAAAGGAGGAAAGCUGCAGCUUUUGUUCGGCUUCAGUCCCUUUCGAGUCCCCAGAAAUUGCUACCUGUGCAAGUAAUAAGUUGAAUAAGAACCAUCAGCUACCCCGUUGCGCCGUAUCAAUGCAGCUUUGCUCAAUUACAGAGCCAAUGUGGUUCUGCGUUUGUUGCCGAAGGUGGGCUGGUAGGUUAAUUCCUCAGUCAUAUUUCACCAUGUUGGGAACUCUUCUAGAUGAACCUCUUACAGUACAUGGAAGCCUAAAACCUCUAUGUCCAUUCUGCGGAGUGCUACUUCAGAGAUUAUUACCUGAUUUUUUACUAUCCACAUCACCGGUUUAGCGUUAAUUGAUUAUUUAUUUGCCACAUGUUUUGGUAACUUAUCUCUGUAACAUUUCCUAAUUUAGUGCCUGUGUAUAUACAAACAUGCUAAUGAGGCACAAAAUUAUCAUUACUAAUUUAACUUUCUGGGUAUAUGUAUAAGCACCCCAUGUGGUGCUAAACCAACAUCACUGUAUGAUUUCAGACUCUUAGUUGUGUAUUCUGACUUAUGAUGUGGAAAUAUAGGGGAGAUGUUGGACUAA